CAAAGAAGCCAAACUGAACAACCAAGAAGAAGAAGAAGAAUUCAGGAGUUUCCUGGCCUUUUGAAAAAUCCCAGGGAUUUGAGGAAAUUAUGCAGGCUACGGAGAGGAAGAAACGUGCAUGCGUGGUGCCUGUGUGCAAGGACGAGAGAUUUGAUUUAGUGCACAAAUUGCCGAUGAAUCAGGAGAGAGCUGAGGAAUGGGUGACCAAUCUGGAUAUCCCAGAAUUAGCCACACAUUCCAUUGAGGAUCUCCGGAAGAGGAUUUUUGUGUGUAGUCGACACUUUAGGCGGCAGGACUACAAGAAUAUCGAAUCGAGAUGUUUGAAUAAGACAGCCGUGCCAUCAAUUAAUCUCAAAGCGCUGGACAACUUCAAUGUCAUCGAUCCCAAAGUGAUGGUUAAGUCGUAUCCAGAAGCGGAGGCAGAAAUUGUUGCACCACCUGUGCCACCAAAGCUACCGCCUCGUGUGCAGCGGAAUUUAACGCGAGUUGUGCGUCCGGUUAAAUUGAGAGAGGCAGCUCUAGUGAAGACGCUGAAGAAGAGGAGAUUCACAGAGGAAGUUGAAGAAAUUCUCGAUUCACAUUUUUCCAUGAAUAUCAAUAUUCCAAAAGUACCCAAGACUGAUGGGCAUGUAGUACCUACGAAUCACUACUUUAUCCAAUCCCGGGAAAAAUCUCAAAGAAGUGGGAAGGAAGAGGAAUUGCUGGAGAUUUAUGUGAAUCUUCCAGCAGAGGUUCAGGUGCAAAAAUCUCUCGUGGAAGCACCACAAUUGGUCAUGUCCAGUGAAUUCAUCGAAGUGCCUUCGCGGAGUCUCAAGCUGAACUACUUCUGGCUACGGGAUCACUGCCGUUGCUCUGAAUGCUACAAUCAUCGCACAAAUCAACGGAGUUUCAGCUUCUUGUCUCUUCCGCCCGAUGUGAAGGCCAAAUCCUGCCAAUUCAGCGAUGAUUUCCUGGCAAUUUCAUGGAACGAUGGGCAUGAAUCCCAGUAUUCGUGGGAUUUCCUCACCAGCCACGCAUCCCAUCUGAAACAAUCUGUGACAAAGAGAAUCCUUUGGGAUGCUGAGAAAAUCUCCCAGAGUGCCUUUGCGCGUGUUUCGCUGGGAGAUCUAAUGGCUGACGAGGAGGCGGCCAGGAGUGUUGUGGAGAGUUUGGUGUGCUACGGGGUGGCCUUUGUGGAUAAAGUCCCGGCGAAUGUUUCAUGCACGGAAUUGGCAAUUAAGCGCCUCUUUCCCAUUCACAAGACUUUCUUCGGGGAAAUGUGGACCUUCCAGAGUGGUGUGAUGAAGGAGAGUGACACGGCGUACACGCACGAAGCACUUGGGGCGCACACGGAUAAUACCUACUUUUGCGAUCCAGCUGGACUGCAGGUGCUGCACUGUACGGAGUUUGAAGGGGAUGGCGGGGAGUCGCUGCUUGUGGAUGGAUACAGGGUGGCCAGUGAGGUGAAGAAGAAGCAUCCAGAGGUCUACGCGAGGCUCUGUUCCACGGCUAUUCCCUUCGAGUACGUAGAUGAGACGCAUCAUCACGCCUACACGGCGCCUCUCAUCAAAGAGGACAAAGUUACCGGAUCUGUUGAACAAAUCAGAUUUAAUCUCUACGACCGAGCUCCAUUGGAUACACUACCCUACGAUGAGAUUCAGCAAUUCUACAGCGAUCUUCGUGUUAUGGCGGCGGAAGUGGCAUCCGAGGGGAAUGAAUGGUGGUUCAAAUUAUCCCCCGGCACCGUGAUGAUCUUCGAUAAUUGGCGCCUCCUCCAUGGAAGAGCUGCUCUCACGGGAAAGAGGUCAAUGUGUGGCUGCUACGUUGCACGAACGGAUUUCCUAAGUGUUGCGCGCAAGAUGAAGCUGGUGGAUUAAUGUGCGCUGUGGGGAAACUUCCAGAAGCACACGAGGAUUAAGUACAAGAGAGCGAAGAAGAAUAAAUAUUGUAAAAAAUAUUAGUUUUUCUCAAUAAUUCUAUGACUUUUUAAAGCAACUUGAAGUUUGUACACUUUGCUUCCCGGAAAGUGCCAUAAGUGACUGGAAGUUGUACAUUUAUCCUGCUCAUUGCAUCAGGAAGUUUCUAAAGGAUCUUAGGAACAUCCCUUUCAACACCCGGUUGAUCCUUGAUUUCAUCUUUGGGUCCAAAUCUGUCCAUUUAGAAAGUCCCCUUUGGAAUUGCAUAAAGCAUUUUUAUAGACUCAUAUUUUGUCCUGAAGAUGAAAUCAAGGAUCAACCGGGUGUUGAAAAGGAUGUUCCUAAGAUCCCUUAGAAACUUCCUGAUGCAUUGGGCAGGAUGGAUGUACAACUUUCAGCCACUUAUAGCACUUUCCGGGAAGCAAAGUGUACAAACUUUAAAUUGCUACUUUUUUAUGAUUUUAUUUUUUUGUCCUAAAACAGGCAAUAGGUCCUUCCGGAUAAAAUGUAUUUUUUAAGUGUUUUAUAAAAAAAACAUUAUAAACUCUGGUUUUAAAGCUUUCCCUCUUAGAAAAAUAAAUGGAAAAUAUGUAGAAUUACACCUAAAAGAAA